GACUCAUCUGUCAAAUAAGCGAGUGGGCCAGGGUCCCUGAGCUCACUACCCUCAGAUUCUAACUCCAGCUUCACAUCAUUAGGCGUAAGCAGCCAAUUGGGCCGUCUGGGAGCCGUGCAUCCUGGGAGUUAUAGUUUCCGGCUCCCUCCUUCAGACUACAAGCUCCACAGAGCCGCGGGAGGACGGUUGCCUGGUAUUAUUAGCAAGCAGCAAAUAUGGCGGUGGCGCGCGUGGACGCGGCUUUGCCUCCCGGAGAAGGAUCAGUGGUCAAUUGGUCAGGACAGGGACUACAGAAAUUAGGUCCAAAUUUACCCUGUGAAGCUGAUAUUCACACUUUGAUUCUGGAUAAAAAUCAGAUUAUUAAAUUGGAAAAUCUGGAGAAAUGCAAACGAUUAAUACAGUUAUCAGUAGCUAAUAAUCGGCUGGUUCGGAUGAUGGGUGUGGCCAAGCUGACGUUGCUUCGUGUAUUAAAUUUGCCUCAUAAUAGCAUUGGCUGUGUGGAAGGGCUAAAGGAACUAGUACAUCUGGAAUGGCUGAAUUUGGCAGGAAAUAAUCUUAAGGCCAUGGAACAGAUCAAUAGCUGCACAGCUCUACAGCAUCUCGAUUUAUCAGACAAUAAUAUAUCCCAGAUAGGUGAUCUAUCUAAAUUGGUAUCCCUGAAAACCCUGCUUUUACAUGGAAACAUCAUCACCUCUCUUAGAAUGGCACCUGCUUACCUACCCAGAAGUCUUGCUAUACUUUCUUUGGCAGAAAAUGAAAUCCGAGACUUAAAUGAGAUCUCUUUUUUGGCAUCCUUAACUGAAUUGGAACAGUUGUCGAUUAUGAACAAUCCUUGUGUGAUGGCAACACCAUCCAUCCCAGGAUUUGACUAUCGGCCGUACAUCGUCAGCUGGUGCCUAAACCUCAGAUUCCUAGAUGGAUAUGUGAUUUCUCAGAAGGAAAGUUUGAAAGCUGAAUGGCUCUAUAGUCAAGGCAAGGGGAGAGCAUAUCGGCCUGGCCAGCACAUCCAGCUUGUCCAAUAUCUGGCUACAGUCUGCCCCCUCACUUCUACACUAGGUCUUCAAACUGCAGAGGAUGCCAAACUAGAGAAGAUUUUGAGCAAACAGAGGUUUCACCAGAGGCAGUUGAUGAACCAAAGCCAAAAUGAAGAGUUGUCUCCUCUUGUUCCUGUUGAAACAAGGGCAUCCCUUAUUCCUGAGCAUUCAAGCCCUGUUCAAGAUUGCCAGAUAUCCCAGGAAAGUGAACCCGUCAUUCAAGUGAAUUCUUGGGUUGGGAUAAACAGUAAUGAUGAUCAGUUAUUUGCGGUUAAGAAUAAUUUUCCAGUCUCUGUACACACUACGAGAUAUUCUCGAAAUGAUCUGCACCUGGAAGACAUACAGACGGAUGAGGACAAGUUAAACUGUAGUCUUCUCUCUUCAGAGUCUACUUUUAUGCCAGUUGCAUCAGGACUGUCUCCACUAUCACCUACAGUUGAGCUGAGGCUGCAGGGCAUUAACUUGGGCCUAGAAGAUGAUGGUGUUGCAGAUGAAUCUGUGAAAGGGCUGGAAAGCCAGGUGUUGGAUAAGGAAGAGGAAAAGCCUUUAUGGGCUGCAAAUGAGAAUUCUGUUCAAAUGAUAAGUGAAAUCAAUACAGAGGUAAAUGAGAAAGCUGGACUAUUACCUUGUCCUGAGCCAACAAUAAUCAGCGCUAUCUUGAAGGAUGAUAACCACAGUCUUACAUUUUUUCCUGAGUCAGCUGAACAGAAACAAUCAGACAUAAAGAAACCAGAAAAUACACAACCAGAAAAUAAAGAAACCAUAUCUCAAGCAACUUCAGAGAAACUUCCCAUGAUUUUAACCCAGAGAUCUGUUGCUUUGGGACAAGACAAAGUUGCCCUUCAGAAAUUAAAUGAUGCAGCCACCAGGCUUCAGGCCUGUUGGCGGGGAUUUUAUGCCAGGAACUACAACCCUCAAGCCAAAGAUGUGCGUUACGAAAUCCGGCUACGCAGAAUGCAAGAGCACAUUGUCUGCUUAACUGAUGAAAUAAGGAGAUUACGAAAAGAAAGAGAUGAAGAACGUAUUAAAAAAUUUGUACAAGAAGAAGCUUUCAGAUUCCUUUGGAACCAGGUAAGGUCUCUACAGGUUUGGCAACAGACAGUGGACCAGCGUCUAAGUUCCUGGCAUACUGAUGUUCCUCCUAUAUCAAGUACUCUUGUGCCAUCGAAACAUCCAUUAUUUACCCAAAGCCAGGAGUCCUCUUGUGAUCAAAAUGCUGAUUGGUUUAUUGCUUCUGAUGUAGCUCCUCAAGAGAAAUCAUUACCAGAAUUUCCAGACUCUGGUUUUCAUUCCUCUCUAACAGAACAAGUUCAUUCUUUGCAGCAUUCUUUGGAUUUUGAGAAAAGUUCCACAGAAGGCAGUGAAGGCUCCAUAAUGGGGAAUUCCAUUGACACAGUCAGAUACGGCAAAGAAUCAGAUUUAGGGGAUGUUAGUGAAGAACAUGGUGAAUGGAAUAAGGAAAGCUCAAAUAACGAGCAGGACAAUAGUCUGCUUGAACAGUAUUUAACUUCAGUUCAACAGCUGGAAGAUGCUGAUGAGAGGACCAAUUUUGAUAUAGAGACAAGAGAUAGUAAACUUCACAUUGCUUGUUUCCCAGUACAGUUAGAUGCAUUGUCUGACGGUGCUUCUGUAGAUGAGAGUCAUGGCAUAUCUCCUCCUUUGCAAGGUGAAAUUAGCCAGACACAAGAGAAUUCUAAAUUAAAUGCAGAAGUUCAAGGGCAGCAGCCAGAAUGUGAUUCUACAUUUCAGCUAUUGCAUGUUGGUGUUACUGUGUAGCAUGUUGUGGUCUUUUGGGAGGCAGAUAUCCACUUAACUUUUCUUAAAAAUACUUUCAGUUGCCUUUUCUUUUUUUUGGAGGGAAGUACUCCCUACCCCUAAUUUUGUUACUAUUUAUAUAGAAUUUGUAUUCAUGUCUCAUAUUUUUCAGAUUCUAGAUAUUGAGCUGGGUUUUCAUUUUGAUUUUGUUAGCUUUUUACUUAGCUGUAAGGUACCAAACUAUUUAUAUUGAAAGCUAUAUGCACUUUAUUUCUUUUUUUUUUUUUGAGACGGAGUCUGGCUCUGUCGCCCAGGCUGGAGUGCAGUGGCGCAAUCUCAGCUCACUGCAAGCUCCGCCUCCCGGGUUCACGCCAUUCUCCUGCCUCAGCCUCCCGAGUAGCUGGGACUACAGGCGCCCGCCACUACGCCCGGUUAAUUUUUUGUAUUUUUAGUAGAGACGGGGUUUCACCAUGUUAGCCAGGAUGGUCUCGAUCUCCUGACCUCGUGAUCCGCCCGCCUCGGCCUCCCAAAGUGCUGGGAUUACAGGCGUGAGCCACCGCUCCCGGCCGCACUUUAUUUCUUAACUGAAUUGCAUCAACAAUGUUCCUGUUUCUUUCAUGUACUCAUUUACUUUCAAAAAUAAGCUAGAAUAUAUUAAAGAAAAUAGAAAAAAUUACCUUAAAUAUAUAAAUAAGAGAACUUUGGCCCUUCUGUGUCUGAGAAAAUUAAUUAUAUAGCAAGGAAUGAAAUUUGAUAAAGCAAAUAUAAAUGAGAAAUAUGAGGAUUGUGAAUUAUUGAAAUUUGCCAGUCUCCCUGGUGUAAAAUGUUUUUUUAAAGCCUUUUUUCCUCCUUUCGGAGUCAAGGAAAGCCUUUCUAUAAGCAAAUUAAGGAAGAAAAGGUAGGAUUAUAAGAUUUCCCAAUGGGGAUGAUUAAAUUGUCUCAUGGAAAACUUCAGCUAAUGUCAUGCAUCAGUUUUAACAUAUGAAGUAAAGUGUUCUAUCCAGGAUUAAAGUCAAGUUUACUUAGGCAACACAAGAGUAUUUCACUUAGAUAUGAAGAAAGGAAACACUAGUCUCCAUUCACUUGAAAUACUCUCAUGGCAAAUAUCCUUUCAUUAAGUGCUUUUUCACCCUAUAGAUAAGCAUUUUUGUGCCAACAUGUUGUCAGAAAUUAAUGUAUGUUCAUCUCCUCUGUUCCUGGUUAUUUUUACUUAUGUAUUUCAGCAGAAGGUCCAUGGCCAUUCACUUCAAUUUUGACUUCUGUCCCAUAGUGAAGAACAUUUAAAGUAAUACUAAUGGUCGAAUAUGAAUGACUUUUUGGGAACUACUUUUUGUCUAACCUGAAAAAGUGCCACAUUUGGAAGACAAUUUAAUGAUGGUGAAGAAAUAAUAAACCUCACUUUACUUGUUAAAAGGGAUAUAUAUAUAUACAUAUGUCUGCAACUUCAGGGAGAAAUAAGAUUGUGUUUGAAUAUUGUAGGUAGAUGCAUUUGUAAUUAAGGAUAAUAUCGUUUAACAACAUGUAUUUGGUUUCCCUCAACUUACAGACAUACAGCUAUUUAAAACUAUGGCAAUACUUAAGUGUCUCUAAAUUUAGGUGCUAAAUAUCUAUUAUUCUGUUGUAGUCAUUAGGUGCCCUUCUCUGAAGUUAUGUAAAAUAAAAGCAUCUGAUCCUUCAAGGAUAAAGUUGAGGAUCACAUGGUACGUGGCAUUUGUUGUUAUUGUUUUUUAAAGAGAUGGAGGUUGGCUCUGUUGGUGCAGUGCCAUGAUCAUAGUUCACUAUAACCUCGAACUCCUGGCUGAAGUGAUCUCCCACUUCAGCCUCCCGAGUAUCUGGGAUUAUAAGCAAGAGCCACUGCUCCCAGCUCAUGGUAUUUGUUGAUAGUCAUAACAUUUUUCCUGUAUGGUAAGAUGUAUUUUUCUCAGUUUAUAAAUACGUAGCACUCAGGUUGAGAUGACUUGGAUUUUAUUCUUAGAAAUCCAGAAUCCCUCGAAAAGGAAAUAUUUUCUGUUUCUUAUAAAUAAAAGAGUAAUCUUACUUUCAGAAGGAUUUUCCUUAGUGAAACGUGUAACAUUGAAUGCAUGUUAAAUAAAAAUGGAAUUUCUAACUUUUUUUCAAUAGUGCUAAUUAUCUUUUCUGAAUGAUUUUGAAUGUCUUCUUAAAUAGACCCUAUUUUUCUAUUUUACAGUUAAGUGCCUCACUUGCUGUCCAUAGUUAGACAAAGAAAAACCAAUUUGCACUGCACUAGUACCAAAAUACUACUUUAUACAUUAGUUUUUCAUAAAAGCUGCUGGAAUGUCAUGAUUCAGUAUUACCUAAAUAGAUUUCUGCUAAAAUCCUCUCCCUUCUGUCUUUUUUAAGUUAUGGAAAAACACAACUAAAUUCAUUUGAUCAUCAGCACUUGUUAGCAGGAUUUCCUUUUUUACCUUUGCCUUGUUUCUUUAGCCCACAAAUAGUACUCAGCAUACUUUCAUUAAAAAUUUGGCACAAUAUGAUAAUUAUUAAUAUUCUGUUCUUCGUCUGUGUUUUAUUUAACUUUUACUAGUGUUUAGAAGUGCAAGAAUAUUAAAUAGCUCCUUCCUUAACUGUACAUAUUAUCUUGAAUGUAGAUAAAAUGAAAAUACUGUAAAUUAGAAUGUAGGAAAACUGGCAUAGAGUUAAUAUAUUUUAAUGGGUUUACAUUAUACUUUAAAAGUAAUUUAUAUAAUUAAAAUAUUUGGUUUUAACUCUAUGGGCUAUUCUUUGGUUGGCUGAAGAGGGAAUGGGUCUAGUAAGGUUUGGAAAGUUAAGCUUUGAACAUGGUCUUUGUGUUUUUUUCCUAACAAGGAAAGGUUUAGUUCAGCUGUGCUAUUUUAGUACACAUCAGUUCUCUUGAUUUAUGGAAGAUUCAGUUUAUCAAUUAAGAAUUUCUGCAGAAGCACAGAAUCAUACCAUGUAAGAGUUGGAAGGAAGCUUAAGAGAUUUCUGUUCGAAUCUCUUUGUUUCAAAGGUGAAACUAAAGCACAGCAUGUUAAAUGACUUGUCUAAGUUAUAGCUAGUUAGUAGUAAAUAAACUGUGAAAACCUAUAUGCUACUGUAGUCCAAAAUUUUAUUAUGUCCUCUUAAUCUUUACAUUUAGUGAGUCAGUAAGGAAAUCUCUGCAUAUUUCUCAUUCUCUUGGAAAGAGGAAAAAAACUUCUAAGAGAGCUACAACUCUAUCACUCAUGACAGAGUUGCUUGUAGAAAAUAACUAAUUCCUUCAGAACCCUGAGUGAAUUUUUUCUAAGAAAUGUGACUUGAUUAAAAUGGUUUCAAAAGAGCAAUAGUGGAAAUUAAAGUUUUAGAAAAGAGACCUGGUGUGGUGGUUGACAACUGUAAUCCCAGUGCUUUGGGAGGCCGAGGCCAGAGGAUCACUUGAGGCCAGGAGUUCAAGACCAGCCUGGACAACAUAGCAAGACCCCCCUCUCUACAAAAAAAAUUUUUCUCUGAAAAGAAUAAGUACAUUUUAGAGUCCAUUUAUUUGACGACAGGCAGUAUGACAGGUUGCUGAGGUAUAUAAAAUUUUCUAGAGAAAUGCUGAGUUUGAUGACAUUUUAUCUUCAGUUUUGUAGAACAGAUGUUAAAAUGUUAACUCUCCUGGUAUGCAGAAAGCUGUAAUCAUGACAGUUGAUAAUAUGCAAUUUAGUUUGAUUUUAUAGGUUUAAUUAUAAAAGGCUCCACAAUAUGCAUGUUUUAGGAAAAUGUUCAUUUAUUUAGUCAUAUAAUUGUUUGUAUAUAUGUAAAUAACUUUAUUCUGGAAUAAUGUGGGUGCCAUCUUGAGCGUGUGUUUUUAUUUGUUUUGGAUUAUUUUUUGUAUACAAACACCAUAAUACUGUAUUUUCCUGUUAUCUACUUAAGUCUAGUUCUACUUUUUCCCAAUAAUUUCAGGAAAAUACAAGCUUGAGAUAUUAUACUAUCUCCCUUGGUAUUUUUUGUGUGCAAAGUCUUAGAAUUGGAUUUAUAACAUUGAUAAUAAAAAUAUAAAACGUUUUUCCUCGGGAGUUAAGACGGUAAAAAGAAAAAAAUAGAAUGAAUAUGAUCAUUUCUCCAUCAUAAAGGAAAGAAGAGACUUCAUUGUGUGUGUGUGUUUUUUUUUUUUUUUUCGAGAUAGAGUUUCACUGUUGGCACCCAGGCUGGUCUCAGCUCACUGCAACCUCCACUUCCUGGGUACAAGCGAUUCUCCUGCCUCAGCUUCCUGCGUAGCUGGGAUUACAGGUGUGCAACCACAAGGCUCGGCUAAUUUUUUUGUAUUUUUAGUAGAGAUGGGGUUUCACAAUGUUGGCCAGGCUGGUCUCGAACUCCUGACCUCAAGUGAUCCACCCACCUCGGCCUUGCAAAGUGCUGAGAUUACAGGUGUGAGCCACUGUGCCCAGCCGAGACUUCAUUGUUUAAUGUAUAUUUUUAUUUUUUCCAAACACCAGCUCGAAUCAGAGUAUAUUUUUAUUUUGCCACAUACCUUUAAAAGGUAUUUAUUGUGUCAUAAUGUUUUAAAUGUUAAAUAUAUGAUACCCUCAUUCAUGAAGUGAAGCAGAAAGGGUCUGUAAGGAACAUUCUAAACAUUUUUAAUGAUAUUGCUUUUACUGAUCAAGCUUGUUGUGCCAUAUUAAAAUUAAAAGUCAAAUAAACAAAGCAGUCCUCACAGCCUUGGAAAGAAAUAGAUAAUUGUCUUCUUAAGAUGAGGUGCUUUUUAUCUGUGGAUGAAUGGAAAUCACACUGAAUUUUAAUUCUUAUUUAUUUUAGUGGAUAGCAGGAAUCACUCUGUAGUAGUUUUGUUCAUUUUCUUUUCUUUUUCUUUUCUUUUUUUUGAGAGGGUCUCGCUCUGUCACCAGGCUGGAGUGCAGUGGCGUGAUCUCGGCUCACUGCAACCUCCGUCUCCUGGGUUCAAGUGAUUCUCCUGCCUCAUCCUCCCGAGUAGCCAGGACUACAGGCACACACCACCAUGCCCAGCUAAUUUUUAUAUUUUUAGUAGAGAUGGGGUUUCACCAUGUUGGCCAGGAUGGUCUCAAUCUCUUGACCUCGUGAUCCACCCACUUUGGCCUCCCAAAGUGCUGGGAUUACAGGCGUGAGCCACUACACCUGGCCUUGUUCAUCUUCUAAUUAAAUAUCUUUGGAUGUUUUGUAAUAAUUUUAAUGUUGACAAUAAGAGUUUAAAAAUAAUUUGAUUUUGGACUGUAUUUAGAUUUCUCUUUAAUUUUGCUGUAGAAAUAGUAAAUGAUUUAAAGUGGUUAUGAUGUGUUUUAUGAAGGCUUACUAUUUUAUAUUGUACUUAUUUAAUUUGUAUUUGAGUCUCUUUAAUUUUAAAUAAAAGGUUUAAACAUU